GAAUAAUUUUGGGAAUGUUUUGAGGAGGCAUUUGCAGCCAUUAGGAUCAUUACAACAAUUUUUAGCAUGUUGAAAGUGAUGUGAUUUCAUUUUGAUGGUGGCUAAAGGGGAAGCAAAGUGUGGAAAUCUUGGGUUGUGUUUCUUUUUCAGCUUGAAUCGGGUUUGGAGAAUUAGAAUGGCAUUCACUCUUAGGACGUUCAAAAAAUCUAACUUUGUUCAUAGAAAGAAAGAUUUUUAUAAUUUCACUGGAGAACUUAUACGUGGGGAACCAUAUUUUUCCCUAGAAAAAUUUGCUUCUCAUCUAGAGAAUUGUACGAAUGUCGAUUCGUUGAGAAAGUUGCAUGCUUGCUUGGUUACUCGAGGGCUUGAAUAUAAUGGUUACCUAGGCUCAAAGUUGAUUCAUUCUCUCGCAAGAUUUGCUAUUUUGACUGAAACCGGCCAUGUAUUUGAUAAAGUCAUCAAUGGCGAUGAUAUUUACGUUUGGAAUUCAGCUAUGGUUGGUUAUUUCAAGGGAAGGUACUUCAAUGAAGUUCUAGGGCUUUAUUUGAAUUUGAGGCGGAGAAAUAUUAGGAUUGGUAAUAUAUCAAUUGUCUAUGGGUUGAAAAGUUGCAUGGAAUUGGGAAUUUAUGAGUUUGGAACUAAUCUGCAAUCAGAUUGUUUUAAAUUUGGAGUGAGUUGCGAUCAAUUUGUGUGUUCUUCGUUGAUUGGAUUCUACUCAAAGUUUGAUCGUAUUUUGGAUGCAUCCAAGGUGUUUGAUGAAAUGCCCGACAAAGAUGUUGUUGCUUAUACGUCCCUAAUUACAGCAUAUGCUCGCUCAGGCAAUCCGUACUCGAAUAAUGCUUUUACACUUGCCAUUGAAAUGCAAAGGCAUCUUUUCAAACCGAAUCGGGUGAUGUUGGUGAGCUUACUUCAAAGCGCUUUGCAGUCGGGAGCUCUAGACAAAGGUAGAUCAAUUCAUGGUUACGCUAUUAGGAGAUGCAUUGGUUUUAGAGAUGAAAUUUUUGAAAUGAGUUUAAUGAAACUAUACUUAAAGCUCGGCGAUACUCGCAGUGGUUGCAUAGUGUUUGAUAGGAUGAAGACGAAGAUCAUUGCUUGUUGGAAUGCUUUGAUUUCUGGGAUGCUUCAUUUGGGACGGCCAUUUGAGGCUUUGACUGCGUUCAAUCAAAUGGCUAUUGAGAAUCAUAAGAUUGACUUAAUCUCUUUAUCAAAUGGGCUAGUGAUUGCAAUCAACUUGGGACAUUUGCUUUUGGGAAAAGCCAUUCAUGGUUUUAUACUUCGGAAAGAGGUGAAUCUUGAUCUUGUUGGGACAACAACUUUGAUUGAUAUGUAUGGAAAGUGCAGACACUUGUCAGGUGCAGUGAAUGUCUUCAACCAAACAUGUGUUAAAGAUGGUGUUUUGUUUAGCAUAAUGCUAGCCGGUUAUCUAUACAAUGGAUUUUUUAACAAGACGGUGGAAAUGUUUCGCACAAUGGUAGCUAGGGGUCUCGACGUAACCGCAAGCACAAUCAUCAACGUGCUUUGCGCAUUGUCUGAGUUGAAAGAUAUUGAUACGGCUAAAUUCGUUCAUGGAUGUGUGUUCAGGCAAGGGAUGGAGACGAAUACGGACAUUGCGAAUCAAUUGAUAAGCAUGUACUCGAAAUGUAACAUGAUACUAUCCGCUCGGGUUGUAUUUGACACGACAAGAAACAAGGAUAGGGUGACGUGGACAUCGAUUAUACAGAGCUAUGUGAGCCAUGGCCAUGGCGACGAAGCCAUUUCAUUGUUCUGGUUAAUGCAGAGGGCAUGUAUACGACCGGAUUGUGUCACCUUCACUUGUCUAAUUCAGGCGGCGAGUCACCUCAAAUUCCUAACGGAAGUACAUGCACGCUUAUAUCGUACACAUAUGCCCGAUGUCGCUUUGACAAACUCAUUGAUCACCGCCUAUGGUAAAUGGGGGAAGAUUGAUAUGUCAAGGAAUUUAUUCAAGAGCAUGGUUGAAAGGCAACUAUCGUCAUGGAACACGAUGAUUGCUGCAUGUGGGAUGACAGGCAACUACAUUGAGGCUAUGGAGUUGUUCACCCGUAUGAAAAGCACGAAUCUUCGCCCUGAUGAAGUUACAUUCAAGUCAGUGCUCUCGGCUUGCAGCCAUGCCGGGUACGUUCAAGAAGGAUUGGACAUAUUCAACUCGAUGAAGGAAGAGUAUGGUAUCAUCCCUACAGACGAACAUUAUGGAUGCGUGGUGGAUAUGUUGGGGCGAGCAGGGCAUCUUGAGGAAGCAUAUGACGUUGUAAGACGGGCUAACAAUGGUUCGACCCUUGGAGCAUUGCUUGCAGCCUGCAGGAUCCAUGGGGACUCGGAGAUGGGAGAAAGAGUCGGGAAAUGGCUGUUGGAGGUGGAGCCGGGGAGUGCCAGUGCGUACUGUUCGGUGUCAAAUAUGUACGCUGUAGGUGGUAGAUGGGAUGCAGUGGCUUCAAUUGGAGCUGUUGCUAAGGAGAAGGGGCUUAGAAGGGCAACAGGGUAUAGUCUUGUCGAUGUCAAUUGAAAUGCAUGAAGAUUGCCGAAUAUUGACCCCCAAACUCAACUUGAGGUGAAUUGGAACUGGACCUCAAUCAUUGCGGAAAACGAAGAUCCACACGAAAAUAAUGGUUGUACUUUCCAGUGGGAUGAGAUUUCUCAACUCUAUUACCAUGCCAGUACUGGAUUUUUACCAUGAUCCACAAGCAGGUUGGUAUUACUAUUACAGCAGCAGGGAUGGACUUUAUUACAAAUUUGAGGAUGGGAAUAUACUGUGCUUAAAGGAUAUCAGGGUGUGUUUGUUUGAGGGAUUUUGUGGGAUUUCUACUAUUUUCACAAAAUUUUUCCUCCAAAAAAAUCAAAUCAAACAUUUAUUUUUUAUUUUUUAUAUUAUACUAAAAAUCAAUUUUACAUUCAAAACAUCACAUCAAUUCUUAUUUAUAUCACAUCAUACAACUAUUCAAAUUCAAAAUUUUUACUAUUCAAAUCCCAACCCAAAAUUCAAACCCUCAAAUAAACACACCCUAAAGUUUAAUCUGUUUCAGGCUUGGGAUCAAACUGAAAUGAAUGAUGCUAAUUGUCAAGGAGAAACACUGAAGACUCAAAUGCAAGGAAAAUAAGUCUCUGAGGUGCCAUCACUAGACAGAUUCCUCAGCAUUUGAAGGCAGUGAUCACUUAUCAGACAGAGUAUCCACCUCCUCCACCAUCAGAAUGAUCGUCUGCAGGCUGGAAGACACUCUUAUAGACAUGUACUUAUCAGGCUAUCCUAAUCAAACAACUUAUGCUGCUGAUUCCGACAUGGCAACACCGGUUGAAACUAAUGAUUCGGGUGUGUUUGUUUGAAGUUUUGGAUUUUGAGUUGGAAUUUAAAUAGUAAAAAAUUUGAAUUGUAAUAGUUGUGUGACCUCAUAUAAAUAGGUGUUGACGUGAUAUUAGUAAAAUUAAUUUUUAAUACUAUAAUAUAAAAAAAUAAAAAAUAGAUAUUUGAUUUGAUA